AUGGGAAACUAAUGUAAAUAAUGCACUUAAGAUUUAUAAUCUAAAACUUUGAAUACCUAACAAAAUCUUUAGUCUAAUUAUAAAUUAUAUAGUUUUGGACUAGAAAAUUCAUUCCAUUUUGAAUACAAUUAGAUAAAUGGUGUCCCUUAAUUUGGAUAAUAAACUCGAAAAUUAAAAGUGUUUUUAGAUCCUCCAAAAGUGGUUAGAAAGUUAUCUGAAGAAUCAUUCAUUUCUCCAUAAGAACUUGAGGAUUCAAAGGAAAUAUUUUAGACUUGUGAAAACUAAAUUAAAUAACCAUUAAAAAGGGUUCAAAGUGAAGAAUAAAUUGAAUUGGGACCAUCACCAAUAAGAAAAAGAAAUGUCAGUGAGACCAAUAAUACACGAAAAUCUAAAAAAAAGAAAUCUCUCUCUAAUAUUGCUUAAAAUUAGAGAUUAUUAUAAUGGGACAGUAGAAUAAUAAAUUAGUAACUAAAAUAAGCAAAAUAAACAUUCAAAUAUAGUCAAACAUAAUAAAGUCAAUAAUUUUAAAAUUUGGAAUCUUAAAAUGGAGAAAAGAACAGUAAAAAAAAAAAUUUAUCUAAUUUAAGCAAAAAAGAUUAAGUUAGAAAUAAAAGUUAAACAAGUAGUAAUAUCUAAUAUCAAUCACCAAAUAUCUAUCAAUAAUAUAAAUGA